AUGGAAAUAUUGCUACGUAUUGGGGAAGAACGUGGAUUUCCUGGCAUGAUAGGCAGCAUUGAUUGUAUGCACUGGGAGUGGAAGAACUGUCCACACGCAUGGAAGGGGCAGUAUCAAGGAAGAGUAGGAGUUGCAAUUCUCGUACUGGAGGCAGUUGCGGACAGAGAUCUAUGGAUAUGGCAUUCGUUCUUUGGGAUGCCAGGUAGCUGCAACGAUAUUAAUGUGCUUCAUCGAUCCCCUGUGUUCGAAGACGUCUUAGAGGGUCGAACACCUGCUGUGAACUUCGUAGUCAAUGGUCAUCAUUAUACGAAUGGGUAUUAUCUUACUGAUGGAAUCUACCCUAGAUGGGCUACUUUUGUGAAAUCCAUUACGAGUCCACAAGCUCGUAAGGAUCGUUUAUUCUCAAAACACCAGGAAGUUGCAAGGAAAGACGUUGAACGCGCAUUUGGGGUCCUUCAAGCUCGUUUUGCCAUUAUUAAAAAGCCGUCUUUGGCGUGGGAUACCGACAUACUCCACGAUAUCAUGCUCGCCUGCAUCAUAAUACAUAAUAUGAUCGUUGAAGAUGAACGAGAGACGUAUCAAAAUAACGUUAAUACCAAUGAGUUUAUGAAUGCUGGAGGCAACGCUAAUGAGGACACUACCGAGUAUCGUACUGAUCGUAUUGUGGAUAUCGGCUUAUACUUGACUCGUAGAACAGAGAUUGAGGAUCAACAGACUCAUUUGCAGCUAAAAAACGACUUGGUCGCACAUAUAUGGAAUAAAUUUGGUAACAACGAGAACUUACGCAAUUAG